AUGCUAAUUGAAAAUAGGAAAAUAGUAAGAAAUGUUAUUUUCGAAUGUAACGAUAAAUUAAAAUUAUACAUAAAAAUAAAGCAAAGCAUCAAGAAUAAUGAUAUAAGUAAAAGUGUAAGAGAGUUGGAAGAAUGUUAUAAAAAUCUUUUGGGUUCUUAUUCAAAUAAAUUUUACGAAAUUAAAUGUUAUAAUGAUGAUUAUACUAGUGAUACAAAAAUAAAUAAUGAUAUAAUAAAUCGUCUUUCGAAUAGCUUUAUAGAAAACAGUAAUGGGUGUGUAAUAUCUUUUUUUAAUAAAUAUGGAAAUAUAAAAAUAUCUAAAGACAACAGCAAACAUGUUAAAAACAAUAAUUCUAAUAAUAGUAUAGAUGAAACAUAUAUAAGCAACCUUAUAGACGCUUUUUUCAUUAAAACAUGUGAUGUAUCAGUUAAAAAAAAUGAAAAAAAAAAUUAUUCCUUACGAUAUGGUAUUUUCACUAAUUCCUUUAAUUUAUAUGAUUUAUUAGAAGAUUAUUACUAUGAGCAUAUGCAGUAUUACCAAAAAAUAAAAAGCUGUACGUUAAAAUGUGACGAAAAAAUAGAUAAAAGGAGGUAUAACAAUAACAGUAACAAUAAUAAUAAUAAUAAUUAUUAUUAUUAUAAUUAUAAAAAUGUGAAUACUCCUUCUAAAAGUGAAAUAAAAAAGUUCAUUGAGAAAACAAGGGCUGUUGUAUUUUCAGAUUCAAGGAAAUUAAAAGACAUGCUCAGCUUUGCAGAAAAACAGAAAAGGGUGGUAGAAAAUAAAUUAAAAAAAGAUGAAUCAUUUUUUUGUACAUUAUUAAUUAUAGAUAUUAGUAGAAUAAAAGAAGAAGACACGUUUAAUAGUAGCCUCAUAAAUAAUAAUGACAAUCAUAGAUCUACUUUAAACAAUUUUUACUUUAUUAAUGUCUAUUAUACAAAUGAUAAUAAUUAUGAAGAAGAAAACAAUAAGGAGGAUAAUUUGAGAAAAUCGUUCAUCGAAUUUAGCAGUUUAAUUAAGCAUUAUUAUACGGAUAAACAUUUCAAAAUUGAUAUUUCAAACUUUAACAAAAUAUCAAAAAUAAUUUCAGAAAUUUUCUAUGAUUUAGCUAAUAUUCACAUAAAAAUUGUCCUGCACAUGUCAGGAAAUUAUGAUAUUAAAAAGAAAGAUGAGCCUAUUUUGAAUUUCCUCCAUUCCAUUGACCUUGAAUUAAAAGAAUUCUUAAAUUAUUUGACCAAAAAUGUGAAGAAAUUAGAAAAUGUAAAUUCGAAUUUGCGAGAAAGUUCUGAGGAUACCCUUUUAUUAAAAAAUGAAAAAUAUCAUAAAAUAAAUAAUGUUUUAUUCAAAAAUAUCGAUUUAGAUCAAAAAACAAAAUGUAAUAUAAUAAAAGAAGCUAUGAAUAUUCCUGAAGAAUAUGUUGAUAGAUUAGUAUUACUAAAUAAAACAUUUCAACAUAAUUAUUCGUUUUAUAAAGAAAAGGAAAAAGACUUACAUAAGAGUAUUAAAAAUUUAGUGGAAAAACAAAAUGACAUUAUAAAAAAUUAUGAACAAGAGGAAGAGCAAAAAAAAAGAGAUAUAAAUGGUGCGCUUAACGAAAUUACUUAUAUUAAUGAAAAAUGUUUGGAACUAAAAAAUGAAAUAAAAAAACAUAAGGAUUUAAAUUCGAAAUAUUUACAAGGCGAAAAACAUAGGCAAGAACAAAAUUUAAUAAAAUUUCAGACUGCUGAUGGUAUGCUAGCUAAGGAAUACACGUCUUUUUUAAAAUUUCGUAAUGAAUCGUCAAUACAUGAUCAAAAAACAAUAGGAAAAGAGGAAGAUAUAAAUAAAUUUCAAAAAGAUGAACAAACCUACAAUGCUAAUGAAGAAGAAGAUAAGAUACAAGAUAUAUGCAAAAAAAAAGAAGAAGAAUACUUGAAAAAUUUAAAUGAAGCCAUAAAGAAACAAUAUGAUAGCAGCAUAAGUAGAAAAAUCGAUCUGCUCAACGUUCUAAAAAUGACAGCUUCAAAAUUUAAUGAAAAAAUAAACUCUCUGGUAAAUAACUUUAAAAACACAAAGGAGCUGAAACUUAUAUCCCCAUUAGAAGACAACUGUGUUAAUUUGAAGGAAAGGUUUGAACAAACAAAUUUAGUAAUAAAAAAUUGCUUAAAGGAUUAUAAGGAGAUGUUGGAUCACCUGGAUACGAACAAUUUUAACGAGAGCCAGUUAAAUUGGAUAUACAAAAUGAAUUCCUUAUCGAAAAAAUUUUAG